AUGCCUUUCCUUUCCGUUCUAUUCGAUAAUUUUCUUCUUCUUUCCUAUCAAUCAUUCCAGCUUUUCACGCUUUCUUACCUAUUUAAUAACUCAUUCCUCUUUUGUAUCCUUGCUUUCUUCCGCGCCACUUCCUUCCUUCCUUAUCAACUCAUUAUUUUUGGUUAUUCCACGCAUACUUCCUUCCUUCCUUAUUUCUUACCUGCUUGCUUUCCUUCCUUCUUUCUUCCUUUCUUCCUUAUUUCCUUCCUUCCUUUCUUGCUUCCUUCCUUCCUAGCUGCCUGCUUUCCUUCUUUCUUUCUUCCUUCCUUAUUUCCUUAUUUCCUUCCUUCCUACCUGCCUCCACUUCCUGCCUUCAUUCCUCCUACACUCCUUCAUCCUUUCCUCCUCCUACUCUCUAUUAUUUUCUCCUCCUACUCUCUAUUAUUUUCUCCUAAUCUCCUUCAUUCCUUCCCCUUACUCAUUUUCAUUCUUGCUUUCUACUCGCCUUCAUUCCUUCCUCCUACUCUCUGUCAUUUUCUCCUUACUCUUCUUUAUUCCUUCCUCUUCCUCCCCUUCAUUCCUUCCUCCUACUCUCUUUCAUUCUUUCUUUCGUUUUAUAAUCAACCUCAUUCAUAUUUUCUACUAAUCCUGCCUUCUCAUCUUUUUCAUUCCACGCAUAUUUCUCAUAUUCUUUCUUUCUUUCUUUCUUUCUUUCUUUCUUUCUUUCUUUCUUUCUAA